AUGGGCAAGUGGUGGAAGGCAGUGGAGGCCUUGGACGAGAUGAUGGAACACAACAUGGCCCCCCUUCGUAUCGGUGCGGAGCAUGCUCUCAUGGCAUGCGAGCAGGGUGCGAAGUGGGAGAAGGCACUCAACCUCCUGGACCAGCUUUGGGAGUAUAGCAUUGUGCCCAACGAGGACAACUACAUGCCGGCGAUUAGAGCCUGCGAGAACGCCGGCAUGUUCGAGGCUGGCGACUCCCUGUUUUGGAAAAUGAGACAGCACACAAAGCUCAUGAACGUUGCCGAGGAGAUGGGCGUGAACCCGGCGAGGGAGCCCCCGAAGGCAAAGCCGGCCCUUUGGCGCAUUCCGGGGUCCGUUGACCCAAAGGCUUACGAUCCUCCGAACCUGACUGCUUCUUUCGAGCGGAAAGCCAGGAGGAAGAGGAAGAUGCCGCAGCUGCCCCCGGGGCGUCCCAAAGUGUGGGGUUAA